AUGCAAAUGAACUCACAAGGAAAUACUACACUAUUGCUAAUGAUACCACCAAACAUUCUGACCCAAUUCAAGCAGUUUUUAACCAAGCUGCAGCAGAUUGUAAAACCGAAGAUGUGAAUAUGGUUCAACAUGCGUUGAUGACUUUUGUCACUCAUCAUCCUAAAACCAGGAAAAAAAAAAUCCGAAUUCCGUCUUUGGCUCGUCGUAAUCCAGGUCUUAGUGCUCCUGCUAAGCCUGUUUAUAUAACCCCAGGCCCUUUUGUUGGUAGUAGACCAGUGGCACCAACUCAAGAUGUUAGUAGUGAACAAGUUCUUGACUAUUGGCGUGAAGAUCCAAACUUGAACCAACACCAUGAGCAUUGGCAUAUUGUAUACAGUGAUAAACCACUCCCUGAUCCUCAAUUUCCCGACGAUAAGAGUAAAGAAUAUAUUAAAGAUCGUCAAGGUAUCUGA